CCGGCCUGGCCGGGGCGGGGGAGGCCAUGGCCUCGGCUGAGUUGCAGGGGAAGUACCAGAAGCUGGCUCAGGAGUACUCAAAGCUUCGGGCUCAGAAUCAAGUCCUAAAAAAAGGUGUUGUGGAUGAACAGGCAAAUUCUGCUGCUUUAAAGGAACAACUAAAAAUGAGAGAUCAGUCACUGAGGAAAUUGCAACAGGAAAUGGACAGUUUGACAUUUCGAAAUCUGCAGCUUGCCAAGAGGGUAGAACUACUGCAAGAUGAGCUAGCGCUGAGUGAACCUCGGGGCAAGAAGAACAAGAAAAGUGGAGAAUCUUCUUCUCAGUUGACUCAAGAGCAGAAGAGUGUCUUUGAUGAAGAUCUACAAAAGAAGAUAGAAGAGAAUGAACGGUUGCAUAUACAGUUUUUUGAAGCUGAUGAGCAGCACAAGCAUGUGGAAGCAGAGCUGAGGAGUCGCCUGUCCGCUCUGGAGACAGAAGCAGCCCAGCACCAAGCUGUGGUUGAUGGCCUGACAAGGAAGUACAUGGAAACCAUUGAGAAACUUCAGAAUGACAAGGCUAAGCUAGAAGUAAAAUCUCAGACUCUAGAAAAGGAGGCCAAGGAAUGUCGACUUCGAACAGAGGAAUGUCAAUUACAGUUAAAGCAUCUUCAUAAAGAUCUGUCAAGUAGAUUAGAAGAAUCCUUAUCAAUCAUCAAUGAAAAAGUCCCUUUUAAUGAUACAAAGUAUAAUCAGUAUAAUGCACUCAACGUCCCACUGCACAAUAGAAGGCAUCAGUUCUCACAAUACCUUCAUGAAAAUGCAUCUUAUGUCCGCCCCCUUGAGGAAGGAAUGCUGCAUUUAUUUGAAAGUAUUACUGAGGACACUGUGACCGUCCUGGAGACAACUGUGAAAAUGAAAACCUUUUCAGAGCAUCUAACCUCCUACGUAUGUUUCCUUAGGAAGAUUCUUCCUUAUCAGUUAAAAAGUUUAGAAGAAGAAUGUGAAUCUUCUCUUUGCACAUCUGCAUUAAGAGCUCGGAAUCUAGAGCUGUCCCAGGACAUGAAGAAGAUGACAGCUGUGUUUGAGAAGCUGCAGACUUAUGUGGCUCUCCUUGCCCUGCCAAGUACAGAGCCAGAUGGACUUCUUCGGACCAACUACAGUUCUGUCUUAACAAAUGUUGGUGCUGCUCUGAAUGGAUUUCAUGACAUCAUGAAAGAUAUUUCCAAACAUUAUAACCAAAAAACUACAAUAGAGCACGAACUUCCAACAGCAACACAGAAGCUGAUAACAACUAAUGACUGCAUCCUGUCAUCAGUAGUAGCGUUAACAAAUGGAGCAGGAAAGAUUGCAUCUUUCUUUGGCAACAAUGUGGACUACUUUAUCACUUCACUGAGCUAUGGGCCCAAGGCGGCGAGUGGGUUCAUCAGUCCUCUCUCUGCGGAAUGCAUGCUGCAGUAUAAGAAGAAGGCUGCUGCCUACAUGAAGGCUUUGAGAAAGCCGGUCCUGGAGUCUGUGCCUUAUGAGGAAGCCCUGGCCAACCGCCGGGUCCUUCUCAGCUCCACGGAAAGUCGAGAAGGCCUCGCACAGCAGGUUCAACAGAGUUUGGAAAAGAUUUCUAAACUAGAGCAGGAAAAAGAGCAUUGGAUGUUGGAAGCACAAUUAGCCAAAAUCAAGCUAGAGAAAGAAAACCAACGGAUUGCAGAUAAGUUGAAGAAUGCAAGCAGUGGGCAGGUGGCUGGGCUGGCCCAGGAUAGUGCUGCUACAGCUCCAAGUACUGCUGGCCAGGAGGAGUUUGCAGCUAAGGCUGUGUCAGAGCCCGUGCAGAGCACCAGUCUGAUUGGGAUUUUAACCAGGACGUGUGAGAGUGAGGUUCCAGAUGUGGAAUCUCGUGAAGACUUAAUUAAAAAUCAUUACAUGGCAAGGAUAGUAGAGCUUACAUCACAGCUGCAGCUGGCUGACAGCAAGUCAGUGCAUUUCUAUGCUGAGUGCCGAGCACUCUCUAAAAGACUAGCGUUAGCUGAGAAGUCUAAGGAGGCACUGACAGAGGAGAUGAAAAUGGCCAGUCAGAACAUCAGCAGACUGCAGGAUGAGCUGACCACUACCAAGAGGAGUUAUGAGGAUCAAUUAAGUAUGAUGAGUGACCACCUGUGCAGCAUGAAUGAGACACUGUCCAAACAGAGAGAAGAGAUUGACACGCUCAAGAUGGCCAGUAAGGGCAAUUCUAAAAAGAACAAGAGUCGAUAGUUUACAAAUAGCUGGGUGGUGACUGUUCCUUCCAGAGCUGCAAGAACUACAGGGCCGAGACUCUACGUCCAGUGCUGGCAGCCAUCGGGCAGCCGGAGUGUUGUUGGACCCAGUAAACUAGUCAGUGUUGAGUAUGACCUUGAAACACUUCGGAUAUAUCUGCAAGCAGUAAGGCAAAUACAGAAUUUGAUGUUGACAGUGAAAUGGAAAACAAUACGUAUACAUGGAUAUCGUAGGUUUCCUUAUGCUGUUUUUACUGUGCACUUUUUAAAAUUAGGUUUUAAUUUGAGUAUGUAAGAACAACAAAUAUUUUGUAUAUUUUCAAACUCAAUUAUAUGGUAAUCGAUUUGGUAUCUAUGGAAUAGAUAUAUGUUUCUGGAUAAAAUGCUUAAAUUGUCAAAUUGUCAUUACUUCUUACUAUAAUUGAAAGCAGUCUCCAGAUUCUUUUUAAAGAUUUAUUCAGAUCUCUCCUCCCUUCUCUUCCCACCUUCCCUCCUUCCCCCCUGCUCCUUCUGCCCUGCUCCCCACCUUCUCUCUCUCUCUCUUCUGUCAGAGGGAGUGGGCCUUGCAAACAUUAGAUCCUGUGGGUUUAUUAUCAUUGUCUUCAGCUCUUCAGUAUCCUCUCUGUGUUCAAAUAAUAGCUAAAGGUAUUCAUGUCAAUAAAUUCGUACUUACAUCAAACUUUGAGUCGCUUUUUGACAACUUGUUAAAGGACA